ACUAGGAACAUAUCAGCCACAUGCCUCUGUUUCUUCCUCGUGGUACAGGACUUUCCAUUUGUGGAGUUAACAAAGCUUGGAGAAGACCAGGCUUUGAAAUGAAAGUCAUACAUUCUCUUCAAAUCACAUACGUGCUUGCUUGCUUAAUUAGGAUACAGCCCUGGGAGAUGGUGCUUAUAUAAUGUAUGCAAGACCCUGGGUUCAGGACUACAGAGUAUUGUCCUGAUGGUAGUGUUUCUGAACCCACAGAGAUCUGCCUCAGAACUACCAGCUCAGCUGUAUUGAUAGGGCUUCACCAAAUGACCUUUGCUCAUUUCCACAAAUCAGGGAUGAAGAUUUGCUCACUUCAGAAUGUUCCAGAGAAAAUGUUGUCCAUUUUUAUUUUCUUUGUCACCUGUGGUCUAAAUUUGGACCCAAAGCCUGACUUGCCCUUUUUUGAUGACUGAUCAGCCCUAUACCUUAAGGCAGUUUCCAAAGAAAGAAACAGAGACAUGUGGCUGAUAAUGCCCUAUUUUUGGUAGUGGCCAUAGACAUCUCUAGGUGACAAGAUCAGAAUGUCAACCCAAGACAGAGUGGUGGCAUAUUCUUUAAAAUCUAAAGGCUAUUCUGGCCUAUAAAUCAAGUUGAGAUACGUGGAAAAAUAUCUUAAUCAAAUUAUCCAAUCUCUUCAACUAAAUUAAGGGGAAAAGUAGGGAUAGAUAACUUGUAUGUCUCAAUAAUUGAGCUGGAUAUGUUGACUCAUACUUGCAAUCUCAGCUCUCAAGGGGAUGAGGCAGGAGAUAUGCCAAGGAUUUGAGUUAACCUGGGCUACAUAAUGAGUUUUAGAUUGGUCAUGGCUGCAGAGUGAGACUUGGUCUUACUUAAUUUUUUUGAAUUUCAGUGUGUAUUUUUCCUUGAGGCCUUUUGCUUAAGAAAGCAAUGUCAGGACCCAGAGGAGUGAAGGACACCAUAAGAAAACCUACAGAAUCAAUUAAGCUGGGCUCAUAGGGGCUCACACAACUAAACUGACAACCAGGGAGCAUGCAUGGGACUGACCUCGGUCCUCUGCACUACAUUACAGUUAUGUAGUUUCAUCUUCACGUGGGACUCCUAACAGCGGAGGCAGGGGCUGUCUCUGACUCUUGCCGGUUCUUUGGGACCUUUUUCCUCCUACUGGGUUGCCUCAUACAGUCUCAUAUGAGAGGAGGUGCCUAGUCCUACUGCAACUUGAUAGGUCUUAUUUUUAAUAUCCAUGGGAGGCCUGCCCUUUUCUAAAGAGAAACAGAGGAGGAGAGGAUGGGGAGGGCAGUCAGAGGGAAGGGGAGGUCAGGUAUUGGGAGGAGAAGAGGGGAAAUUAUGGUCCAGAUAUUUAAAAAAAAAAAAAAGCAACUUCAGAACUGUAUCCCCAAUCAGGCUGUAACUACUCUCUAGUGCCUAGCUCUCCAGAGUCUAAUGAAAGGAGAAGCAGAGGUGGUCUCUAUGCCAUGGCUUGAGCAAAGCAGACUACUUGCAAAUCACAAGCCUUUGGAGGUAAAGCACCCAGGAAACUGGCUACAAAAGCCACUUGGAAAAAUGCACUUUCUACUUGGGGGGUAAAAACCCUUAGUUUUACACAUCUCUUACUGUGGUAGUUAAUGAAGUUGGAUGCUACCACUGAAGUAUUCACGGAUUUUUUUUUUUAUAAACUGCCCUUCCAGCAUCUGUUAUGAGAAGUUGCUAAACACUUUAAUAAAUUUAUUUUUUUUAAGAUUUUAUUUUAUUGUAUAUGAGUAUACUGUAGCUGCCUUCAGACAAACCAGAAGAGGGCAUCAGAUCUCAUCACAGAUGGUUGUGAGCCACCAUGUGGUUGCUGGGAUUUGAACUCAGGACCUCAGGAAGAGCAGUCGGUGCUCUUAACCACUGAGCCAUCUCUCCAGCCCAAGAAGGGAGAGUUUUUUUUUUUUCCGGAGCUGGGGACCGAACCCAGGGCCUUGUGCUCCCUAGGCAAGCGCUCUACCACUGAGCCAAAUCCCCAACCGCUGCUAAACACUUUAAAACAUGGGCCAGCAAGAUGGCUUAGUGGGUAAAGGCACUUGCUGCCAAGCCUGGCAACCUGAGUUCAAGCUCCAAGACCCACAUGGUGGAAGAAGAGAACAUGCUCCUCUUAGUAGUACACACACACACACACACACACACACACACACACACACACACACACGUAAAAAGAGAGAUUUCAGAAUGUAGCUAUUGGGGCUUUAUAGGAGACAAAUGGCUUAUCUAGUUGAAGUUUUUGAAGAUCCUAGCUCUAUGCUAUCCAUGUCAAACAUUUGACAUUUAUAUUAAUACUGCACAUAUGUGGAGAACAUACUUGAAAAUCUACUAUGGGGCUAGAACGUUUGCCUUACCAGCAUAUGGCCUGAGUUGAAUUCCCAGAACCUAUGGAAAAAGCCAGGCAGAGUGGCUUGUGUUUGUAAUCAUAGUACUAGGGACAGGGAAGCCAGGUAGAUCCCCAGAUCUCACUGGCUAGCCAGCCUCAGCUACUUGUUGAACUCCAGGCCAAUGAGAAACCCUGUCUCAAAAGGGGAAAGGUGGUGGACUAUGGCUGUAGAGGUUGUUCAAUGGUUAAGAGCACUCACUGGCUACUCUUCCAGAGGACCCAAGUUCAAUGUCUACCUCACAACCAUCUGUAACUUCAUUUCUAUGGACAUCCAUGUAGGCAAAAUGCUCAUAAAUAUAAAAAUAAAUGUUUUGAAAAUCAUUUAUUAUGUGUAUAGGUGUUUUGAUUACAUGUAUGUCUGCAUACCAUGCACAUGCCUGGUGCCUGUGGGGGCUAGAAGAGGGUGUCAGAUCCCUGGAAGUAGAGAUACAGCUCACUAGCAGUUCUUCCAGAGGAUUCAGAUUCAACUGCCAGCAUCCACAUGGUAACUCAUAUAUCUUAAGUUGCCUCUCUUUUGAAAGGGUAGAGUGUGUCAGGAGUGAUGACUCUGGUUCAGAGUACUUGCUUCUCUUGGGUGCUUUGAUUCCCAGAACCUAUACCAAAUGACUGUAACUGCCUGAGACUCAGUUCCAGGGAUCAGAUGCCAACUCUGGACUCUGGGAACCUGCAUUCAUGCAUAUGUGCAUAAGCACAUGCUGACAAUACAUAAGCAACUGGGUGUGGUGGCACAUGCCUGUCAUCCUGGCCCUGAGGAGGAUCAGGUAGAUCAAGACCAGCUAUGGCAACAUAAUAUUUUCAAGUCAGCGAACAUUCACUGAGCAUCUACUGUAUACAAGAUGAACAUCUGCAACAAACCCUCCAACAAGACAGCCCCUGAGAAGAAUGUGUGGACAGCGCCCUCACAGGACAGUGGACCUUCCCCAGAACUGCAGGGCCAGCGGUCCCGACGGAAUGGAUGGAGCUGGCCCCCCCACCCACUCCAGAUUGUGGCCUGGCUGCUCUACCUCUUCUUCGCAGUGAUUGGCUUUGGGGUCCUUGUUCCCCUCCUGCCUCACCACUGGGUGCCUGCUGGCUAUGCUUGCAUGGGUGCCAUCUUUGCUGGCCACCUUGUGGUGCACCUGACUGCUGUCUCCAUCGAUCCAGCAGAUGCCAAUGUGCGGGACAAGAGCUAUUCUGGACCCCUGCCUAUCUUCAACCGCAGCCAGCACGCACAUGUCAUUGAAGAUCUACACUGCAACCUGUGUGACGUGGAUGUGAGUGCGCGAUCCAAACACUGCAGUGCCUGCAAUAAAUGUGUAUGUGGCUUCGAUCAUCAUUGCAAGUGGCUUAACAACUGCGUGGGCGAGAGGAACUACCGGCUCUUUCUACACAGUGUGGCAUCUGCUUUACUGGGUGUUCUGCUCCUGGUGCUGGUGGCCACUUAUGUCUUUGUGGAGUUCUUUGUCAACCCCAUGCGCCUUCGCACCAACCAACACUUUGAAGUCUUGAAGAAUCACACAGAUGUGUGGUUUGUGUUCUUGCCGGCUGCCCCUGUGGAGACCCAGGCUCCUGCCAUCCUGGCCCUGGCUGCCCUACUCAUCCUUCUGGGCCUGCUUUCUACAGCCCUGCUUGGCCACUUGCUCUGCUUCCACAUUUAUUUAAUGUGGCACAAGCUCACCACCUACGAAUACAUUGUGCAGCACCGACCAGCUCAGGAAGCAAAGGAGACCCACAAGGAGCUUGAGUCAUGUCCCCGCAAGAUGCGGUCCAUUCAGGAGAUGGAGUUCUACAUGAGGACCUUCAGCCAUGUGCGUCCAGAGCCCUCUGGGCAGGCCAGGCCAGCAGCAUUAAAUGCCAAUCCUUCCCAGUUUCUUGCCACACAAGGCCAAGUGGAACCACCACUGCCCUCCUCCUCAGACACACUGGCUCUGCCUCCACGGAUCCAACCCCAGUGGGGUCUGGAGACGCAGGCCACACUUCCUUUGUCUUUACAGGAAAAGAGGAAGCGGCGAGUAUAUAGAUUGCCCAGGUCUGGGACCAUGGACCGAGAGCUCCGGCUGCCCAAGCUACGUGACACUGGGACUCCUAGCCGCCACGCUAGCCCUUCCUCUGAUUCCACCAGUGCCAGCCCAGCACAUGCUGGUUGCUCUGUAGACGCCUACUCCUCGGCAUCAGCGGAAUCCAUGGAAGAGAUCCCAGUGGCCCAGACCCGCCUGGGCAGUGCCGCACUGGGUGCCCCAGGAGCCGGGGGCCGAGAGUCUAGGCUGGCUCUACAGGCACGUUUGCCUGCUGUUUUUGUGAGCCCAAGCAGUGGCGAGCCCGGAACACCUGAGGCGGUGAAGAUGGCUUGCCUUAGUGGGGACUAGAGGCAGGAGGGCCUUGCAGGGACGUCUGACCACUCUAUGCAACACCCCAUAUUCGCCGCAAUGAGUGCACUUUAGGGAUCAGCGUUCCUUACCCAAGACUCAGCAAUAUCUGCUCCACCAGCCCUGAUGCCCCAAUAAACUUUUUUUUUAAUGCUUU